CGAACCUUCCUUCCUGGCCUCUCGUCGUCUCCUCUCCUCUCUUCGUCGCCGCCGUCAAACCCCGCGCUUAACGGCGGCCGCCCAACGCUAAAUCCACUUAUAUAUAUACAAACCCCCGCGCCUUUCCCCCCUCCAACUCCUCACAGACACACCAAGAGGAAUUGGGGAUUACUCCCAGACCACCUAAUUAAGCUCCCCUCUGUCUUGUGGUAAUCGCGGACGGGGGACAAAUUUAUUUUCUAGCGUGUAUUUAACUGCCUCGUGCUUGCCGACGGGGAAGGGGGCCAUGGAAUCCGUCGUCGUCGCUCCUGCCGCUGCUGCUCAAGGGGCGGUGGCGGUGGCGGAGCAGCAGCAGCAGAAGAAGAAGCUUCUGGACCAGAAGAUGGAGCUGCCCCUUGUCGCCGCCCUGAAGGCGCCCGCGCCGGCGUCGCCGUGCAAGUGGGCGAUGAAGAAGAAGCUGGUGGGCGGCGACGCGGGGUACGUGCUCGAGGACGUGCCCCACCUCACGGACUACAUGCCCGAGCUCCCGACGUACCCGAAUCCUCUGCAAGACAACCCUGCGUACUCGGUCGUCAAGCAGUACUUCGUCAACACAGACGAUACCGUCACGCAAAAGAUUGUUGUACAUAAGACCAGUGCGAGGGGCACACACUUCCGGCGUGCCGGACCACGGCAAAGGGUGUACUUCCAGUCCGAUGAGGUGAACGCGGCCAUCGUCACCUGUGGCGGCCUCUGCCCCGGCCUCAACACAGUGAUCCGCGAGCUCGUAUGCGGGUUAUGCGAUAUGUACGGUGUCACCAGUGUUGUGGGCAUAGAGGGUGGAUACAAGGGUUUCUAUUCUCGAAACACGGUUCCAUUGACACCAAAAUCCGUGAAUGACAUCCACAAGAGAGGGGGUACCAUUCUUGGAACUUCAAGGGGAGGACACGACACUGCCAAAAUUGUUGAUAGUCUUCAGGACCGUGGUAUUAACCAGGUUUACAUUAUUGGAGGUGAUGGUACCCAGCAAGGCGCUUCCGUAAUUUAUGAGGAAGUCCGUAGACGGGGCCUCAAAUGUUCAGUAGUUGGUGUCCCAAAGACCAUAGACAAUGAUAUCGCGGUGAUUGACAAGUCUUUUGGGUUUGACACUGCCGUGGAGGAGGCUCAAAGAGCCAUCAACGCUGCACAUGUUGAAGCUGAGAGUGCAGAGAAUGGCAUUGGUGUUGUGAAGCUAAUGGGUCGCAACAGUGGGUUCAUCGCCAUGUAUGCUACUCUGGCUAGUCGAGAUGUGGAUUGUUGCUUAAUCCCAGAGUCACCAUUCUACCUUGAAGGAAAAGGAGGGCUCCUUGAGUUCAUCGAGAAACGGCUCAAAGACAGUGGCCAUAUGGUCAUUGUGGUGGCCGAGGGUGCUGGGCAAGAUCUCAUCGCCCAAAGCAUGAACUUUGUGGACACUCAGGAUGCUUCUGGAAAUAAGCUGCUUCUGGAUGUUGGCCUUUGGCUUUCUCAGAAGAUCAAGGAUCAUUUCAAAAAGAAGACCAACUUCCCUAUAACUCUCAAGUACAUUGAUCCAACAUACAUGAUCCGUGCAGUCAGAUCAAACGCCUCUGACAACGUUUACUGCACUCUGCUUGCGCACAGCGCCCUCCAUGGCGCCAUGGCAGGGUACACCGGUUUCACCGUAGCUCCAGUCAAUGGCAGGCAUGCCUACAUCCCAUUCUAUAGAAUCACUGAGAAACAGAACAAAGUCGUGAUCACCGAUAGGAUGUGGGCUAGGGUACUGUGCUCGACAAACCAGCCCUGCUUCCUGAGCCACGAGGAUGUCGAGAACAUGAAGCACGACGAUGACGAGCAACACCACCUGCACAACACGCAGCUGCUCGAUGGCUCACCGGCGAAGUGCUCACCAAAGUGUAAUGGGUUUGCUGCACCACUGUGAGAGGAACGACAGUAUUUAGAUGGAUAUAUUGAGCAUAUGUAUAGCUUCUCGUCUUUUUUUAGCUUGCCUUGUAGGUACCACGAAGAAUUAAUGUAUGAUACAAUAAGGGUUUCACAAUUAUAUUUUAUAGUUUGCUCAGUUUUGUAUUCGAGCUGUUCCUGUGAUUUAAAUACACCCGCAAGGUCUUGUCA